GGUCUGGUAAAUAACUUAAUAAUACUCCGUACAAGAUAAAACGUUAGAAUAAAGGUUGUUAUAAUAGUGACUAUAUUAAGAGGGAAUGAGAUGUGAUCAAUUUUGCUUCGAGGAUAGUAGCACGGACUGCGUCCAAGUCCCUCUAGUAGGGUUUGAAACUUCCGCCGCUACAGUGCGGAUUGAUGCGAGUACAGAAUGAUGGCAAGUAGAUCACCAAGAAGAUCGGGGGGCUGGAUGGAAUCUCAGGGAGGAGGAGGCGACGGCUCUUGGAAGACGAUCGCAGGUUCCGACGAGGAAGGGGAAGAGACGGCGGCUGCAGGUGUUGGGAAAAGUGUGGAGCGACUAUCCGCCCAAUACGACGGUUUGGGGAUUGGGAGCACGGGGGACGAGCUGUUACUGGACGACGAGGACAUCAAGGAAGAAGAUACCUAUGCGGUGAAAAAGGGAGUGGAGGAAUUUCCCGUGGUCGGUACGAUUCUGUCCGACAAAGUGGUAAAAUUCUCAAUUUUUCGUGAUCUAAUGGCGUCUCUCUGGCGCCCGAGUAAAGGAGUAUGGAUUCAGAAGAUUGGGGAGAAGAGGGUGAUAUGCCUCAGAGAAUAUCUCUAGAUACGACUUAUUUUUGGAUUCACAUUCAUAAUAUUCCGUAUGGGUUUUCAAAUUUGGGAUAUGCUCGUAAGAUAGGGAAUUAUCUGGGAAAAUUUUUAUCCUGGGAUGACAGACAGUUUGAUGAAAAAUGGGAAGCCUACAUGAGGAUCAGGGUUACACUGGAUGUGAGGAGGCCUUUAAAAGUGGGUACUACGUUGAAAAAGAGUAGGGGAGAAGGUUAUUGGGUAGAUUUCAAGUAUGAAAAACUGCCUAGUUUCUGUUUUGCUUGUGGUGUCAUUGGACACGCUGAAAAAUUUUGCCCAUCUCUAUAUGAUAAAGGCGAUGGAGAGUUGGUACGACGUUAUGGCCCAUGGCUUCGGGCGGGAGGAGGGAGGUCCCGACCAACUAUGGGCAAUAAAUGGCUAGUCGGUGAGGGAGGGGUUGGAAGAGACCAAGCAGGGAUGAACAUGAACUCCUUUGGCAAUCAGCAUCAGGGACAGUACAGCCUGGAUAAUCAGAAACAGGAAGCUGAAGAUGUCUCUAAAGUCGCAGAAGCAAUGGGUAGCAUAAGUGGAACCGGAGAACAAAAGAGAAGGCGCACAUGGGAAGAAAGGGGACAAGAGCUGAAGCAGCUGGGAGAGGACGCCAUGGUUCUGGAAGAUCCAAAAAAUAGGGUGGAGGCAGGCUGGGGCUCCCAGACCCGCCAAAAUCAGUGAAGCUUUGGAUUACUUGGAGUUUCAGAGUUUUUAUCGUUUUUAAUAAUGGCUUUAUUUCUAUUGAUAUUUGCGUUGUACAUUGCGUGAGUUUGAUUGUUUUUAUUGUUUGUUUUACCAAGACUCUAGAACAUAGGACAGGGGAUGGAGAACCUAGAUGACUAGUCAUUGGCUCAAGUAAGCCCAAUUCAGGAUCAGCGAAUCUGGUUGCUUCGCUAGAGGUGGCAGAUUCUAAGUCUGGUUCAAGGGCGGAUGGUAGGCAAGGGUUCUUUGUCAGUUUGUACUCUGUUUGCGUUCUCUCUUAUUAAUAUAAGCCACCUGCUUCCAAAAAAAAUAACAGUGACUAUAUUGGAACCACUGAACUAAAUUAAACACCGAAUUUGAUAUUUCAUAUUGUCAUAAGUGUGGCC